AUGGUUCGCGGCGCAGACUACGACAACGGUAUCCCCCAGAACGACAACGGUAUUGAGGCCGGUGCUACCAAGGCUCACGGCGUUGGCAACGACAAUGCCCCUCUGAACCACACCCAGAAGGUCGCUCCCAUGCCUGAGGAGACCGGCUCCCAGCGUGAAGUCUACGGUGGAUUCCCCCAUGCUGGACCUGGCAACUCUGGUAGCGGAAAGGGUGGCCAUGAGCCCAAGUCCCUGGGCGAGCAGAAGGGUUUGGGCGCCCAGCCCGGCAACUAA